AUGAAAGCGAAAAGAGUUUUAAAAUGUUUACAUUUAAAAAAAAAUUUUAUUGGAAACAAAGAAUCGUUUUGCCAUGAGGAUUACUUUGUACCUAAUACUAUUGUUUUUCUUCCAGGAUAUGGAUCGGUAGCUCCAAGAACAUCAUGGGGCAAAUUGGUAACAAUUAUUUAUGCUCUGGUUGGAAUUCCAUUAAUGUUACUUUACUUGUCCACAACUGGAGACGUCUUGGCUAGAAGUUUUCGAAGAUUAUAUGCCAAAAUAUGUGGAAGCAAAGCGACCCUUCAGAAACUUCAACAGCAACAACAGCGGUGCGGCUGUAGUAAUAACGUCAGAGUGCCUGUAACGUUGUGUUUGGUAAUUGUCUUGGCUUAUAUUUGUUCCGGAGCUAUGCUAUUUCAUCGGCUAGAAAACUGGUCAUUGUUAGACGGAAGUUACUUUUGUUUCACCAGCUUAGGCACAAUAGGCUUCGGUGAUCUACUUCCAGGACAAAACGUAGAAGAAAUUUCCUUGUGUGCCUGUUCAGCCUAUAUUUUGACGGGAAUGGCUCUAGUCGCAAUGUGUUUUAGUUUAGUCCAAGACGAAGUUAUGGCUUUAUUACGAAUCCCGGCCAAAGUUCUAAAACACGAUUAUAACGAAAAAUGCAAACCUGAAAAAUAUCUUCAAAAAUACAAUUACCCCAUCGAAACUCACCAAGUAACAACCGACGAUGGGUUCGUACUCACUCUGCACCGAAUACCAGCACGAGAAAGUACAAAUAGCGGUACGAAUUCAAGUCAAAAAUCACCAGCAGCUUUAUUGAUACCGGGCAUAUCCUGUACUUCAAUGGAUUUUGUCAAUUUGGGUCCUGGAAGAGCUUUGGGACUUCUUAUGGCAGAUUUGGGCUACGAUAUCUGGCUAGUAAAUCCAAGAGGCACAAGAUACUCAAUGAAACACCAAACUUUGAACAGAUCAGAAGCUGAAUUCUGGGAGUUCAGUUUUCAUGAGAAAGGCUACUACGAUCUUGCUGCUAAUAUUGACUAUAUUAUUUCAUUUACUGGUUUGGAUAAGUUCAUAUUGGAGCUACUAAACUUCCACGGUUUGCCAUAUUACGAAGAAGUCAGUAUUUUAGUAGUUCAAGGUUGCAAUAUAAUUCCUCAAACGUGUGCCAAUUUUGUACAAAUGCUUGUUGGCUACGAUUACGAUCAAAUUGAUUUGGAUUUGUUUUUGGUGUUUUUGUCGGACAAACCAAACGGAAUAGGAACGCGGCAACUUUAUCAUUAUGGACAAGAAAUGAUUACAGAUUCUUUUAGAGAAUUUGAUUAUGGAAUAGAAGGCAAUCUGAUCCAUUAUGGAAAAUCUGUUCCUCCAAAGUAUGAUGUGUCCAAAAUUACAGCUCCUGUAGCAGCAUAUUAUGCGCAAAAUGACUUUUUUGCUAGUAUAAAGGACGUUGAAAAGCUAUUAUCCGAGAUGCCAAAUGUGGUCGAUCAACAUUUAGUAGACUAUGAACUUUUCAAUCAUUUGGACUUCAUUACUGCUAAAGACAUUAAAGAUUUACUUUAUGAUAGAUUAUUGGAGACCAUAAAUAAAUACAAUAAUUUCUUAUUACUUGUUAGAUUUUGAAUUUCCUGCAAAAGUUCAAAUGAUAACAGCAAAGUUUCACAAACGAAAUACAAAAUUU